ACAUUAUUAGACUUCCUUUUUUUUUUUUAUCACAACCGACGCUCAUUAGUUUUAUUUUAUUCCUACAACUAUAAAUAGAAGUAAAAGAACACUACAAAAAGAGAAGAUUGUUCACAUUUACUCCCUUGGUCAAUCCUAACAGCUAAUUUACAACCCAACUUCUCCUCUCACACACACAAAACAAAAAAAUACAUUAUAUAUCUGCAGAACAAAGAAGACAAUUUUGUUCAAAUCAAUGGCUGAAAUACAGAAAUCUGAUGAAGAAAUGCCUAGAGUUAUAAAUUUCAUGGCUUCUGUUCUUGAAAGAGUGGCGGAAACAAAUGAUCUCAACGGUAGAUAUAGUGCACAAAAAAUUUCGAUAUUUGAUGGACUUACUAGGCCUACAAUUUCUGUUCAAAGUUACUUGGAGAGGAUAUUCAAAUAUGCAAAUUGUAGCCCUUCUUGUUUCAUCGUGGCGUAUAUUUAUCUUGAUCGAUUCUCACAGAUGCAGCCAUUGUUGCCGAUCAAUUCUUUCAAUGUUCAUCGCUUACUCAUCACGAGUGUCUUGGUUUCUGCUAAAUUCAUGGAUGAUAUAUUUUACAACAAUGGUUACUAUGGGAAAGUAGGAGGAAUAAGCACAAGGGAGAUGAACUUGCUAGAAGUGGACUUCUUAUUUGGAAUAGGGUUUCAAUUAAAUGUGACUCCCACAACGUUCCACACCUAUUGCUCUUAUCUCCACACUGAGAUGUUGAUGCUUGAAAUCCCAAUGCCUCUCAAAAUUGUCAACCAACAAUGUUGGGUUAACGACGACGAAUCCUCCACUCAUGAGCUAGACGUUUCACAAAUAAUACAAAAAUUAUUGGACUAAUUUUUGUCACUAGCUAGCUAGGUCAAGAUUCUAUACUACUCUUUGGCCGGCUUUAUCAAGUUGUAAACAAGAAUUAAUGUUGCAACUUUGUGGAUUCUUCAUGUUCCAUUUUUGAACGUUUUUUAAUGAGUUUUGCAGCAGAAUCGGACUUUAAUUUCCUCAAUUAAUUUGAGAUUUUGGGUACAUGAACUUUUUAUUAGUCAU